GUAAACAGAGACAGGAAAGAAAAUUGUUUGGGGGAUGUAAGUUUUGUCUGCAUCGAAUUUUCACCAUUUCUCCGUUUUGUCUUGGAGCAUAACAAUAUCACUGCUUAUUAUUAUUAUUAUUAUGUUGUUGUUUCCCUCUCAAUUUCAAAUGUUUGAAUGCACCGAUAAAACCAAACGCUGAAACGCUGCGUGUCGUUUCAACCACGCUCCCAUGGACGAUGACGUUCCACCAUCUCCAUUCGUCGUAACCGUAGCUUCAUUCUCUACCUCCCGGCGCCGCCUCUCCGCCACAUUCGCUGAGCCGAGCCGCCCUGUCUCCUCGGCGAAGCCGGUGGCGUGGAUAUCACUCCAGGGACGGAUACUUAACGCCGAUGAAGCCAGCUCGGCGCAAACCAUCGGUGGCGGCUUAAGCGCAGAGGAAGCCCUGGCUUGGAACCUUUUCCCUCCCGUUCAAAGGUUCCUCAUAGUGGCUGUCAUUGGUGCUGCCGUUGCACACUCCCAAAAGAACCUUCAGAUAUGUCACCUCAAAAAGUCCGUUGAACUAAGGGAUCAGGUUCUGUCUAGCAUGCAGCAGAAGCUUGACAAUCUCUGCGAGCUGGUUAAUAGUUCUAAAGAGCAUUCAACUACCGCCAUCGAUAAGUCACCCACCAAGGAUAGAGAGUUGGAAUUGAAUGAAACUUUUGGCACCGAGAAAAUUAAGUUUGUUGAUUGUGGUUGUUGGCAUUGUGAACAGCACUCUGCUUUCUUUGAUGAAUUGAUGGGUGCCUCUGUUACAAGAGCCUCCUGUGGAAAUGAAGUGCUCCAGUAUAAGAUGCCCUUCUCUAAUGAAGAACAAGAGGAGAGAAGAAUGUCUGACUUGUCAGAUUGGGCUUCAAGUGUCACAUCUGCUGCUGAUAUUCAGUUAAACAGCUUAGCUGAGGAACAAGAUAUUUAUAAUCUUAAGAGGGACUGUGAAGAGAAGGAUAUCACGAUAAAGGAGCUAACCACACUGUUGAACUCUUCUGAGGUUGCCAAUUACAAGAGGGUUGCUGAAUUAGAAGACAUCGUACGGAGGAAGAAUUCAACAAUUUCAAAAUUAAAGAAAGACUUGGUGGUUCUAGAACAAACGGUUGUGCAGCUUUCAAGACUUCGCAGACCCUCUUUCUCUACCAGCGGAUCAAAUGGCGAUCAAUUGCCGCACAUGACCGAUAACCUCAUUUAUGAUAUGGAUAGCACCACUAGCUCCUCAUCUUCUGAUUCAGAUUGUUCUCCUACCUCCAUUGCACCAGACCUUACGGGUGAUGUCAAUGUCCUGAAUCAGGGUUCUGCUUCCACAAUUGAUCAGAAACCUGCACCAGCAAAAGUCUUCAGUUCAUCAAAGAGAGUUUCUGAACGUCAUUCCAAAUCUCGAUCCCUUAGUCCUCACAAAGAAGUUUCAACUGGCCGGAAACCUAAUGCAUCUUCUUCAGGCCAAAAGCAAUUGUCAGCUCGUGGAGACUUAAAAAAGAAUAGAAGACGAUCUCUUAAUGGAGACAAGGGUGCGACUGCACAUAAGAAAUGGGUAUAGUAAUGAGCUGCUGUGGGAAAUGUAGGUCGGAGGGGACAGGUUGCGCUAAUGUUCUGCAAUUAGCCAAUGCGAUCGUGUCAAACAUAAGAUGGUAAAUACUCUCAAGGCGUCUAUACUAUUUAAAUACUUAUUGCACAUUAUGGUUUAGAUUGAUAAUUGCAGAUCGCAGCAUAGGGAUUUUAUUUUAUUCAAAUGUAGUUAUUAGUAAGUGCUGUGUAACGGAUGUUUAUUUGUUUUAUAAAUAUCCUAAUGGACUGUUUUGGUCAUUA